AUGUUACAGAGGGAGUUUGGAAGUAAGAAGCUAAAAAUAGCAAAUAAAGAGAAAAGGGGAAAAGAAUCCUCAGGUCCAAGACACACCUGCAAACCUGACAAGAAGUUCCAAACCAUGGAAGAACCCAAAGCUGAACAUGAGAGGAGGAAAAACAAAACAGCCAAACAUGCGCCCCUGAAGACCAGUGAGGUUUUCUCCAAAAAUGACAAGUCCUCAGUCAAAAGUCGCUGGAGGUCACACUCAUCGACUCAUGAGACUCCACCAAAGUCGCAGCUCAUUUCACGACCAGCUGAGCUCAACAGGAUCCGCCUGUCAAGGCACAAGCUGGAGCACUUGUGCCACAUGCCCUUCUUUGCCAAGACAGUGACUGGCUGCUUUGUGAGGAUAGGGAUUGGCAAAUGCAACACUAAACCAGUUUACAGGGUCACUGAAAUCAUGGAAGUGGUGGAGACGGCAAAGGUUUACCAGCUUGGUUCAACGCGAACAAACAAGGGACUAAAAUUAAGGCAUGGAAGCGAGACACGUGUUUUCAGGCUGGAAUUUAUAUCCAAUCAGGAUUUUACAGACAGUGAGUUCCUGAAGUGGAAAGAGGCAAUGAUGGUUGCGAGGAUGCAAGUACCAACUCAUGCCCAAGUCGCCAAAAAAGUGCAGUCCAUCAUGGAAGCUCUGAACUACAAGCUCAGUGACAAAGACAUUGAAGUAAUUGUCAAGGAAAAGGCCAGAUUCCGUCAAGCACCGCUGAAUUAUGCCAUGAAGAAAACACAGUUACUUAAAGACAAGGCGGUGGCAGAAAAGAACAGAGACUAUGAAAGAGUACAAGUGCUUAAAGAUGAGCUGAACGAGCUCGAGGAAAGGGCAGAAGCCCUCAACAGACAGAGGACCAAGAACUAUUUUGAUGUCCAUGACAUUAACCAGAGGAAGAGACGCUGGAACAUGGCUGAAUCUCAGAGUGCUCUCAUGGACGAAGGACAAAACACCAAAAAACAACAACAAAUGGAUCCUUGCAUUCGUAAACGGUGCAAACCCAUAAUGGUGUCAAAUGUCAGAAAUUCAUCAGUACACGCAGCCAUUCUUGCUCAUCUCGACCAGAAGUAUGGCUCUGGGUCAACACCCGAGAAGAACAAACUGGGACAACCUAAACACCGUAAAGAUAAACAUGUCCCCAAACCAACCCCUGACCUCUCAGGGGACUUAUUUCAAGUCCAUGAUUUUGACAUUAACAAUGACCUUCAGGCUCUCAACACAGAGGAAAAGUCUCUGAUGGUGAACUUCAAUGUGUUGCCGGUGAGGGACGACGUGGAGGAGGGGCAUGAGCUUACGUAG